UCAGGAGGUGGAUGAGGGGGAGGGGGAUGAAGGUGAAGCGGGGACCACCUGGCUGGCAGUGCCCGGGGAUGAUCAGGACGCUUCUCUUGGGGGUGCUCCUGGUGGGCACCACCACCGCCGCCCUGGACAAUGCCUUGCUGCCAAACAAAAAUUAUGGAACCUCGGAAAGUGAUGCCCAAGAGUUCACCAGUGACUUCAACAGCACGGCGGAGGUGAUGUUCUCCAAGAGUGUGCAAGCCAGCUGGACCUACAACACCAACAUAACGGAGUACAACUCUGCCCAGCAGGUACUGGCUGCUGGUGAGGAGCAGGAGUUCAAUGCAGCUUGGGGACUAAAAGCCAAGGAACUUUUCCAUGACACUUACAGUAAUUUUACAGACCCUCAGCUAAAGAAAGUAAUAGAGUCCAUCUGGACCUUGGGAGUUGCUAACUUGAAUGAAACUGCACGUAAUAGGACUAACAACAUUCUCAGCCAGAUGGAAGAAAUCUAUUCCACAUCAAAGGUCUGUCCGCCUGGGCAAAGCACUAACUGCUGGUCUCUCGAACCAGAUCUGUCUGAAAUCAUGGCUACUUCAAGGAGCUAUAAGAGGCUGCUGUACGCAUGGGAGGGAUGGCACAAUUCUUGUGGAGUGCCCUUACGAGAGAAGUACCAAGAGUUUGUUGGACUCAGCAAUGAGGCGUAUAGACUGGAUGGAUUCAAAGACACUGGGGAAUACUGGCGGUCUUGGUAUGCUGCACCCACUUUCCAGGAUGACCUAGAGCAGUUAUAUAUCCAGCUAGAGCCUCUGUACCUCAACCUUCAUGCCUUUGUGCGCAGAAAACUGUAUGAACGAUAUGGAGAGAAGUACAUUAAUCUGAAAGGGCCAAUUCCCGCGCAUCUACUGGGCAAUAUGUGGUCACAACAGUGGAAUAAUAUCUAUGAUAUGAUGAUCCCUUUCCCAAACAAAACCAAUGUGGAUGUCACGAAUACCAUGGUGGCAAAGGGCUGGAACGCAACUCAUAUGUUUCGGGUUUCAGAGGAAUUCUUCACGUCACUGGGUCUCCUUGAGAUGCCCCCAGAGUUCUGGGAGAAGUCCAUGUUGGAGAAGCCAAGUGAUGGUCGUGAAGUAGUAUGUCAUGCAUCUGCGUGGGACUUUUACAACAGGAAAGAUUUCAGGAUAAAGCAGUGUACCACCGUUACUAUGGAGCAGUUGUUUACUGUCCACCAUGAAAUGGGCCACGUGGAGUAUUACUUGCAAUAUAAAGACCUUCCAGUCUCAUUGCGCAGAGGAGCAAAUCCCGGAUUCCAUGAGGCCAUAGGAGAUGUGCUUUCCCUUUCUGUGUCCACCCCAGGCCACUUACAGAAAAUUGGACUGUUGGAAAAAGUUGAUGAGGAUGAUGAGAGUGAUAUCAAUUACCUCCUUAAGAUGGCGCUAGAAAAGAUUGCUUUCCUGCCAUUUGGCUACCUGAUCGACCAGUGGAGAUGGAAUGUAUUCAGUGGACGCACUCCUCCAAAUAGAUACAAUUAUGAUUGGUGGAAUCUGAGAACAAAAUAUCAAGGAAUCUGUCCGCCCGUGCCCCGUGAUGAGAACCAAUUUGACCCUGGAGCAAAAUAUCAUAUUCCUGGCAACACCCCCUAUAUCAGAUACUUUGUAAGUUUUGUGCUGCAAUUCCAGUUUCACAAGGCACUUUGUGAAAAAGCCAGCCAAACUGGCCCUCUCCAUAAAUGCGAUAUUUAUCAGUCUCUUCAAGCAGGCAAAUUACUUGAGGAUGUUCUCAAAGCUGGUUCUUCAAGGCGUUGGCAGGAGAUUCUGAAGGACGUGACUGGAUCAGACAAAAUGGAUGUGGGGCCCCUGUUGGAAUACUUUGCACCAGUCACUAAAUGGCUGGAAGAAGAAAACGCUAAAAACAAUGAAGUCCUUGGCUGGCCAGAAUUUGCAUGGACGCCCCCUGUACCUGAAGGAUAUCCUGGUGAUAUUGACAAAAAUGCUAAUGAGAGGCAAGCAGAGGAUUUCUUGGGCACCUACAACAGUACAGCAGAGGUGGUGUGGAAUGAAUACACCGAGGCAUCAUGGGCCUAUAACACAAACAUCACAGAAUACAACAACAAAAUUAUGCUGGAGAAGAAUCUCGCCAUGUCUAAUCAUACUCUACAAUAUGGAAAGCUGGCAAGGAACUUCGACUAUAGUGAUUUUCAAAACACAGAGAUCCAGCGGCUUCUGAGAAAGCUCAGUGAUAUUGAUAAGGCUGCUUUGCCAGAGGAGGAGCAGAGACAGUAUAAUGAAAUAGUCUCUGAAAUGGAAACCACCUAUAGCAAGGCUAAAGUAUGCAAAGACGACAAGUGUAUGCCUCUUGACCCAGACCUCACUGAACUAAUGGCCAAAUCAAGAGACUAUGAUGAGCUGCUGUUUGCCUGGAAAGGCUGGAGAGAUGUUUCUGGAAAACUAAUGCGCAACAAUUACGUAGAAUACGUGAAGAUUGGGAACAAAGCGGCGCAACUGAAUGGUCAUGCAGAUAACGGAGCGUACUGGAGAUCCUGGUAUGAGACCCCAACUUUAGAAAGUGAUGUUGAAAGGCUUUAUAAUGAGUUACAGCCUCUCUACCUCAAACUCCAUGCAUAUGUGCGCCGGGCUCUCUACAAGAAAUAUGGAGACAAGAAAAUUAAUCUGAAGGGGCCCAUUCCAGCCCACCUUCUUGGGAACAUGUGGGCACAGUCCUGGUCCAACGUAUAUGAACUCCUUGUCCCAUAUCCCAAUGCAGCACAGGUUGAUGCUACCCCUGCAAUGGUCGCUCAGAAAUGGACCCCCAAGAGGAUGUUUGAAGAAUCGGACAGUUUUUUUACAUCUCUAGGUCUUCUCCCUAUGCCACCUGAAUUCUGGGAAAAAUCCAUGAUUGAGAAACCUUCUGACAGAGAUGUGGUUUGUCAUGCAUCUGCCUGGGAUUUCUAUAACCGGAAAGACUUUAGAAUUAAGCAGUGCACAGUAGUCAACAUGGAUGACCUCAUCACCGUACAUCAUGAGAUGGGUCAUGUUCAGUAUUUCCUACAGUACAAGGAUCAACCAGUUACCUUCAGAGAAGGAGCUAAUCCUGGGUUCCAUGAGGCUAUUGGUGACGUGUUGGCCCUGUCUGUUUCCACCCCAAAACAUCUCCACUCAAUUGGUCUUUUAGAGAAACUUGAGGAAAAUGCAGAAAGUGACAUCAACUACCUUAUGAGCAUUGCCCUGGAUAAAAUAGCCUUCCUGCCCUUUGGAUACUUGAUGGAUCAGUGGCGUUGGAAAGUGUUUGAUGGAAGAACCCCAGAAUCUGAGUUUAACCAGCAGUGGUGGAACCUCAGGCUGAAAUAUCAGGGACUGUGUCCCCCAGUUCCAAGAUCUGAAGAGGAUUUUGACCCUGGAGCAAAGUUCCACAUCCCAGCUAGUGUUCCAUACAUCAGGUAUUUCAUCAGCUUUGUGAUUCAGUUCCAGUUCCAUAAAGCUUUGUGUGCAGCUGCAGGUCAGACUGGUCCCCUUCACACAUGUGACAUCUACCAAUCCAAGGAGGCUGGAAAAUUACUUGGAGAUGCCAUGAAGCUGGGUAAUAGUAAACCAUGGCCUGAGGUCAUGCAGGCUAUCACUGGAAAUACUACAAUGUCUGCUGAGCCACUUCUUGAAUACUUCAAACCACUGAUCGAUUGGUUGGAUCAAGAGAAUGGGAAGAAUGGUGAAACCCUUGGCUGGCCAGAAUACAACUGGAGUCCAUAUACUCCAAAUCAUUUCAAGAACAUGUGUGAUCACUGUCCCCAUCCCAACCACGACAUUUGCUCCAGGAAGUCAGAUUCACAAUCUUCUAGCGGAGAAGAAAAGCAUCAGGGAGACACUUCGUGAUCACAGGGCCCCUGUGGAUAGAGUUUUUCCAUUGCUCUUUAGUAACCAGGAUUCUACUACAACACGCAAGUCUCCAGGGAAAACAGAUAAUGCUGAAGCUUGCUUCUCUGUUCUGAUUGAUUUACUGAGGUUCUUUUAUAUAGUUCACACAGAUACAGUUGUGUAUACUACAACUCUAUAAUGUUAUGCUUCCAGCCAAGUUAUCAGUGAAGCUUAUAAUCUAAGCCUGGUAUUCCACAUGGGAACAAUAACAAAACGGUAAUAAAGAAUCGCAAUCUUACAUCACUUCCCACACCCUGAUGGAAAAAUACCUUCGGGUAUGUUCACACAUACGGUAGACCAUGCAGAUUUUAUGCUGUGUAAGCCCAUCAGGAAGGGGUAUCACUGAUCACUAUUUAUGGGAUUUUUUAUAUUUUUAUCAUUUUUGGCAACAUUUUUUUUUUCUCCUUUUAACAGUCUUAUUCAGCACCAUGAAGAACUCAUCUGAAAUGCUAUCCUCCAUUUUAUAGUGAGGAGAAGAUUUACAGGACACCAUGACAGCUCUAUUGUUUUCUGGAUAGCCUAAAUAAAGCUGGCCUAGAUAGACCGGGACAAUAACCAGUGGUGGGAAAAUUUGAGAAAG